AGUACGAGCAGCGGUCGCAGGCGUCGAACGUUCAUGAGCGACCACGCGUUGAGAAGUCGAGGCUCGUGCUCUCAACGUUCACGGGAACCAAUCCAGAUGCUUGGCUGAACAGUGCAGUACAAUUCUUCGACUUAAAUGAGAUGCCGCAACGUGACUGGGUUCGUUAUGCCGUGUACUAUUUAGAUGGUGAGGCCAACGUGUGGUGGCAGUGGCUCACGCGCGUGUAUCGCGGACGGCAACAACCAAUCCGUUGGAAAGAUUUUGAACGGGAGCUCUCUACGUGUCUCGGGAACUCAUAUUAUCAUAACCACGACGAGGCGCUUACUCGGAUCCGGCAGACAGGGAGUGUACGUGACUACCAAAAAGAGUUCGAGAGGUUGGCGUGCCGGGUUCGCGGGUGGCCGGAAAGCGCGCUUGUUGGCGCGUUUGUUGGAGGGCUUAGGUAUGAUCUCGCGGCUGAAGUGCGAUUGGAGAGGCAGGAGACCAUGCAUAAGGCCAUGGAAGUUGCUAGGAGAUGGGAGGAUCACUUGGCCGCAACUCGAAGGGGAUGGGCGGAUUUUCGUGUCCCAGAGCCGCGGCAUGUGUCGGCGACCGUAGGCGCACCUAGUGCGAACGCGAGGCCGCCGGGCACCUUUAGGCCACCGGCAACUGAGGUGAAGAGGUUGACGGAGGAGGAGAUGGCACAGAGACGUGAGAAGGGACUGUGUUUUCGGUGCGAGGAAAAGUACACGCCAGGACUUCGAUGCAAGCAGAAUUACUUGAUCGAGUUUGUGGACUCGGAUGACGAGGAACCGGUGAUCGAGGAAGAACGAGAGGUGGAGGUCGAGGUGCUCGAUGAUGAGGCCGAGAUUGCUGUACACGCCAUGGCGGGCACCAAGGGGCCGAGGACGAUGUGUUUGCCGGCGUGGGUGAAGGAUCAGCGAGUGACUGUGCUCGUGGACAAUGGGUC